AUGUCUUCCCUCCCAGCUCUACCCACAGUGAAGGAAUACAACCCGACUUCUGACGACAUCGCCGAGGCCGAGCAAGUCAUCUCACAAGCCGCUGAAGUUUCCGAAUUUUGGGCUGAAAAAUAUGAAAAAGAUGCCGUGAAAAAUUGGGAUUUAUUCUACAAGCGCAAUCGUACCAACUUCUUCAAAGAUCGCCAUUACCUCGUCACUGAAUUCGGCGAAGUUGCCAGAAGCGAUUCCUUCAUCGACGCCAACGAGGCCACUGGGCUCCUGGUGGAGGUCGGCUGUGGUGUCGGUAACGCUGUGAUCCCGCUGGCCCAGGCCUGUCCGAAGCUCUCUAUUCUUGCUACUGAUUGUA